AUCAAUAUUAAAUCAAGGCAACCUCUGAAAAUAUGCCUAAAAGAGCAGGAUUUGGUGAUUUGGAGCUAAGGAUAUUGGUUAUAGGGAGCAGUGGUCCAUCUCAGUUCCUUCUCACCAACUUCAUUUUGGGAAGAGAGGAGUUUUCAGAGGAAGUCUAUAGCAUUGCGAGCAGCCAAAAAAAUGUAGGAGAGUUGGUAGGAAGACGAGUCGCGGUUGUCAAUGGACCGAACCUGUAUGACAAAGACAUGUCCAAGUCCAAGAUGAGGAAAGAGAUGAGAAGGUCCAUGUGCUUGUCAGCACCUGGACCUCAUGCCAUACUCAUUGCUUUCGAACUGGAGAAGAUCUCACCAAAUGACUUGAAGACCCCCAAGCUGGUUAAGAAUAAAUUUGGGGAGAAUGUGCUGAAUUACUCGAUGAUCCUCUUUGUUUACGAUGGGCAUCUGAGCUCUAGAGCACUCAAUGAUAAAGUCAUGCGAACUGACUGGCACCUGCGGGAGCUCGUGGAGCAGUGCAGCUGCCGCUAUCACAUCUUCAGUAAAAACUGGAGAAACCCUGCUGCAAACAGGGAACUAAUCCAUAAGAUUGAGCGCAUGAUCCAGGCUUUGGGCGGACACCAUUAUAUUAAUCGAUCUUACAAGAGGGCGGAGGAGAGCGUCAGGAAUGAGGAGAGAAAGCUACACAGCAAGAAACAGUCUGAGACCAAAAGGACAUGCCGGGAGCUGGAGCAGCAGUUUCGGGGGGAUGAGCUACGCUGGCAGAUUGAUGCCUACAAUGCCAGUGUUGGGGCAGAAAUCAGGGCCAAGGCUGAGCUGCAGAACAGCUGGCUCAGGACUUCACUAGCUGUGGGACUGGGACUGGGGUUUGUAGCCGGAGCAGCCAUGGGAAUGAUCGUGGGCUCUGUUGAAGGGCCAGCAGGAAUGGCAGUGGGCGGGGCUGUGGGUGGAGUUGUGGGUGGGGCUUCAGGUGCUGCUGCACAGCUGGCCAUUGAACACAUAGAUGACAGAGUGGGAUCACAUCCAGGCAGCUUUAACACAGCCUUUGUAAACCGCUUCUAUCGGGCACCUCCAAUCUGAAAGCUGAUGUCUUUGUAUGUUUCUUUUUUUUUUUAAAUCUGGCCAUCAAAUGUAACUACAAAAAUGAUCCCUAAGUCUAAAUAUGUCUGCUUUACAACUGUUUAAUUGCCAGCAAGCAGUGUGAAAAGUAUCUGGAUUACCUGACACUCUUACCAUAAUUAAUGGAAACGGUAGCAUCUGAAAUCACAUACUAACUAUAAAACAGCAUGCCAAAGGAAUUAAGUGUAAAUGUCCAAAUGUCCAAAUUCAUAGUAGCCUUUUUCACAAAACAGUAGGUGAGAACAACAUUAUACUAUCCCAAAAGCAGUGCCAAAACUAAGAAUUGCCACCAUAGCUGGUUCUCAGUCAUAUAAAUAAUUAUAAUCGUAUUAAUUAUAUAAUUAUAGACUUAUAAAUAUAAAUAAGGCAUUUAUUGAUAGGGGUUAAAAUAUGUUUGUUGUUGUCUUUUUUCCUGUUAAUAACAAAGUAAACAUAUAUAACUCAAAUGACAGCGGUGAGAAAGGGGCCAUAAACUAAAUGCGAUGUGGAUAUGUUUGCACCAAGUAUGACACUCUUUUUCCAUGUUUAAUACUAAAGUUGUUGCUUUAUAGCAGAGAUGCUCAAUCUAGGGUGCACGGAACCUUUGAUUUGGCCCACCAUGCCAUCUGAGAAAAGUGUACAAAUAAUGGAAAGGAUUGGGGCAAAUGCUUUUAACAGAGAUUGUUAUUU